AUGUCGGCAGGGUCCUCUUGGACUCGGCAAGCGGCAUCCGCCGCUGGUGGAGUGCGCCCCAUGCGUUGGACAAGGGAUAUGAACGCAAACGCAUUGCGGGCGUACUAUAGGGCGAAAGGGGAAGAAACUGCGAGGAUAGCGUAUCGGGCUUGGAUGCAUUGCUUUUUUGCUGAGCUGGAGCCGUCUAUUCCCGUCACGGAACAAAACCUGGCAGACCAAGUUCGGUACAUCAUGCGCUCGAAAAUAUUCGAUGAUGCCGAGCUCGAACGACUACGACGUGAGGCCAUUCCCUCAUCGAAUAAAUUGGCUACGGCUGGGGAUGAGGCUCCUCAGGCGACAGACUACACUACACGCGUAGAAGCCGCCAUGGAUCUUCCAGUUGUGGUUGAUUCAGACGAUGAUGAAAUGGUCUCCCACGAACUAGAGCAAAUGAGGAAUAUACUGGAAGAGGCGAUUUUCGAAACGCGCACCAUGCCUCUCGAAAAUCAACCGCGACUUCCCCCGCAUACCCCUAAGCAAGCGAAAUCGGGCUGUCGUGAGGGCUCUUAA